GAAUAGUCGAAACGUCAACGUUCAUACUAACACUCUGGUGCGCGCUUUGCACAUUAACGAAAACUGUGUACUUGUGCUAUCACAUCAAUAUCGCCAUUUUCUCAAGCCAAUUUAGUUUUCGCUUAGAAUCGAAUAAGAAUUAAAGUUUUUGCCGUAAAAAUUUGCUAAAAUUGAAAUUUCUAGUAGGAAUUUGCUAUUAAUUGACUUGUGACCGACGAGAAUCACCAAAAAAUUUGCUUGUCAAUCCGAACCAAUGAGUAGAAGCAACAGCAAGAUGUCAGAUCGUCGCAACAAGCCAAACGACCGACACGAACCGGGCCAGGUGGACAAUCGAAAUUUCACGCCAAUGGUGAAGUCGCUGUACUUAAAAGAAGAAACGGCCGAUUUAUUCUUCGUGUUCACCACAACCGAUGACCAAACCGAACGUGUGCCGGCACACAAAUUGCUGUUGUCAACCAGUGAAAAGUUUGCCAAGUUGUUUGCUGACGCUGAGGCCGGUCAGAACGAGUUCAAAAUGAAUGGUAUACCGGUUGAAGCGUUCAAAGAAUUUUUACAAUUCUUUUAUAUGCCAAAAUUCAAGUUGACAUUCGAGAAUAUCGAUGCAAUCAUGUCAUUGGCCCAGGACUAUGGCCGUGAAGAAAUGUUGGUCGAGUGCAGUGUUUUCUUGGCACACAAAUUGACCACCGAAAACAUGAUCUGGGGCUAUGGUUUGGCUAUCCGUUUCGAUCGUGCCAUACUGAAGAAGAAUUGCGAGCUGAAAAUUGCCGACAAUGCCGAAGAGGUACUCAAGUCGAAUUGCUUCCUCGAAUGUGAACGUGAUGUUCUGCGUCAGAUUUUGCAACUGGAUUCGUUGAAAUGUAUCGAAUCACAAGUGUUGACCAGUUGUUUGCUGUGGGCCAAAACAGCUGCCAAUCGAAAAGGCUUGGAUGGCAACAGUACCAAAGUUUUACGCGAAGAAUUGGGCGAUUUACUGUACGAAGUUCGAUUCAAGUCGAUUGCAAUCCAAAACUUUGCCAUGAUUGUCGGUUCGUUCAAGGGAUUUUUCUCCGUUGCCGAUCUCGAGGAAAUCACCCAGUUGAUUGGUCUGAAGGACUACAAAUCCGAAACGUUCAACAGCAAGACUCGAUUAACGUCCAAUGGUAACAAUAACGUCAAUGGCAACGAAAACAACGGUGCUAACAGCGUGGCUGGUGGUGGUACUGGAAGUGGCCAUACUAAUGAAGAAAAGCACAAAGAUGGAAUCAUGUACGCCAAUCGAUAUACGGGCAAUUUUGCGACGCGUUACUACAUUCAAAAAGCGGAAAAAACCCGAUUCGAAGCUCAAAAGUCACUUCGACUCGUUGGUAUCGUCUGUGGCCAGGUAUUCAAUGCCAAACAAAACGAUAACAAAGUGAACAUCGAUGCAAAAGUCACCGUCUCCGAACAAGUGGGCAUUGGACAAAAACCGGUCGAAAUUUUCGAAAGCACCCUAACGCUCAGCUCUGAAAAAGAAACGCACAUUUCCAUCUGCUGCCCAAUACCCAUCGAACCGAAUCGAAAGUACGAGAUUUUGCUGCAAUUGGACUCUGCACAAGAACUCUACAAUCAAGCCGAGCUCAAGGGUUUCGUCGAAUUGAAGAACGGUGUUAAGAUCCGCUUCCUGGGUGAUGACACCAGAAGCUUUGACACUUCCAAAUGCGGACUGGUGCAAAAAUUGCUGUUCAAACGAGCCUAAGCCACAAGGACUUAUGGUAAUAAGGAAAAUGUCUUCGAACAUAUCACUGUGUACACUUUUUACACAACUUUUUCUCUCAACAUUACGACAUUUUCCAUUCAAUCACAGUUUAUCUUUACUUUUUUUUCAUCUUCAUCACUUUACAUGUGAUUUUUUUUUUCAUUUUUAGUCGAAUUAUGACUUAGAUUUAAAGAACUUUCAAUUUAUAAAUAAUUUUUUUUUUGAAGAAAUUUCCAUUUUUCAUGACAAUUUACGAAACGAUAUAAAUGUAAGCAAACAUUUCUUUAAAGUAUUUCUGACUUUGCGCGAAAAGCAAUUUUGAUAAGAUUUUCACAUUGAUUUGGAAUAUUUUAUAUGAAAAUAUCAUUUAGAUUCAUAUGAUUUUGAUAAAGAAAAUCGCGUUUUGCUUCCAAUUUUCUUCGUUUUAUCACUUGAAUUUGAAUCGAACUAGUGUUUAACAUUGAAAUUUGUUAACAAACACUGAAGCUCAGUGAAAAUACAUAUCGAUAAGCGCA